CUGCAUCGCUGAGUCCACAAGCAGAGGCUCUUCGCACCCGGAGAUCAAAGCGGCUGGAUUUGGACGCAAUCUGCGCGCGCGGACAGGCCUCACCCCCCCCCCCCCAGCUCUGUCUGAUGCCUCCCCGGCGCACAGGUGGACAUGGUGGUACGGAGCCCGCUGUAGCAUUGCCAUCCUCCUCCUCCUCACCACUGCCGCUGUCAUCAUCCCCAUCAUCAUCAUCACCAUCAUCACCACCACCCUCCUCCUCCUCCUGUUCAGCACCACAAUGUCUUCUUCGUCACGCAAGAUCUCCUCCGAGUCAUUCAGUAGCUCGGUGGGUUCGGACUGCGGGCUGGAGAGCCCCGGUGGGGACGGAGGGGGUGGCGGUCCGGAGCUGGCGGAGGAGAACCGGGGCUGCCCCUUCUCCUCCCUGCCGUCCUCCCAAAGAGCGCUCCUCUGGAACGGACGCAGCUCCGCAGAGAGGUCCGCGUGCGCGGCCGGCGAGGAGCAGCAGCAGCAGCAGCAGCAGGGACCCUUCAUACCCCACAAGAGGGUGACCAGGAGGAGAAGGGUGAACCUGGACUCUCUGGGGGAGAGCCUGAAGAGACUGACCUCUCCCACGACCCAGACUGUUCAGGAAGCUCUACAGCGAACCCUACAGUUCUACAGGAAACAGGAAAUCAGGUGUCAGGAGGUAAAAAGUGCAGAGCGCCGAAGAGAACGGACGGAGGAGAAAUGCCCAUUCCUGGAAAGUUCUGGUUCAGAAGAAGAUGUCCUGCAAAUCCUUCAGUACAUGGCAACCAUACUUGGAGUGCCGUUUUGUGAACUGCGAGAACAUUUUGGUGAAGAGUUCUUUGGUCUCUGCUUCGAAGAAAAUGAGCGAGUUCUUCGAGCCGUGGGCGGCAACCUUCAGGAUUUCUUCAAUGGAUUUGACGCCAUUUUAGAGCACAUUCGCACCUCCACGGGGCGCCGCGCUUCAUCGGAGAGCCCCUCCUUCCAGUGUAAGGAUCCACGGGAGGAGGAGAAGGGGAAGAGAAAACUGGACAAGGUUGGAAACCAUGGGAAGGUGUUACUUCUGCACUGUUUCAACCCUGCUCCCGUGGUUGGAUUAGUCAUGCCAGGCUUGAUCAGAGCUGUUGCCAGGCGGAUCUUUCAUUCAGAGGUUGAGGUGGAAGAGGUGCCACCUCUAACCCCUCUUUUACCCAAUGAAGACACAGCGCACACUGGGUUCGAUUCUACGACCCCCACGCCCACGGCGUCCCCCACCGCUUCGCCGUCCUCUUCCCCAUCCCCUCCCUCCCUGUUUCCAACCUCCAUCCCCACAGUUUGCCUUUCCUUCCAAAUCCAGGAGGUAUGCCCAUCCUCCCUGUCGUCCUGUCCUAGUUCCUCCUCCGUCAGCAUAAAGCGCCCCCCUCCUUCGCUCUCCACCAACCCAAGUGACCUGCGAAUCGGCCUGGCCACGUUUUGCCGUGCUUUCCCGUUUCACCUCGUCCUGGGGCCUCACAUGGAGCUGCUGCAGCUGGGAGAAGGACUGAGGAGGCAGGCGCGCAUUGAACCUCACCGCAGCUUCUCCUUUAGGGACUGCUUUGAGAUCGUGUCACCCAAGAUGGAGCCCUCCUUCCAAGGGAUCCUCCUCAGACUUGCAUCCCCCUUUACCAUCCGGACCAGGCCUGACAGCACGCAGGCCGGCACCAAAGAAAAGGUAAUGGAGCUGAAGGGUCAGAUGAUCCACGUGCCGGAGUCCUGCUCGCUGAUGUUUCUGGGCUCGCCACGAGUUGAUAAGCUGGAGGAGCUGAUGGGCAGGGGCCUCUACCUGUCAGACAUCCCCAUCCACGACGCCACGCGGGAUGUGAUCCUGGUGGGGGAGCAGGCCAAGGCGCAGGACGGCCUGAAGAAAAGAAUGGACAAACUGAAGGCCACAUUAGAGCGGACCCACCAGGCGCUGGAGGAGGAGAAAAGAAGAACAGUGGAUCUGCUGUAUUCCAUAUUUCCGGGUGAUGUGGCACAGAAACUGUGGCAGGGUCAGCCAGUGCCUGCUCGCAAGUUUGACGACGUCACCAUGCUGUUCUCAGACAUUGUGGGCUUCACUGCAGUCUGCGCCCACUGCACACCUAUGCAGGUCAUCUCAAUGCUGAACGAACUCUACACGCGCUUUGAUUACCAGUGUGGCAUCCUGGAUGUUUAUAAGAUUGAGACAAUAGGUGAUGCAUACUGUGUGGCUGGAGGACUUCACAAGAAGGUUGAUAGUCAUGCAAAACCAAUUGCCCACAUGGCUCUGAAGAUGAUGGAACUAUCGGAUGAAGUGCUGACACCGGAUGGGAAACCGAUAAAACUGCGGAUAGGAAUUCACACAGGCUCGGUGCUGGCAGGUGUGGUGGGGGUCAAAAUGCCUCGGUACUGCUUGUUUGGGAAUAAUGUCACUUUAGCCAGCAAGUUUGAAUCGGGGAGCCAUCCAAGAUGCAUCAAUGUUAGCCCAACGACAUAUCAAUUGCUGAAAGACGACCGCUCUUUUUCAUUUGUCCCUCGUUCACGGAUGGACCUCCCAGAAAAUUUUCCCAAAGAGAUCCCAGGGGCAUGCUACUUCCUGGAGGCGGGGACCUCCCACAGCCACGCCUCCCUUACAAGCUCGCGCUCGGCUCCUCCGGCCUCUAUGAGGAAGGUCUCCUACAGCAUUGGAACCAUGUUCCUACGAGAAACAAGUUUGUAAAUCUGAAUUCAGACCGUGUUACAAAGGCAUACAUAGCAUACAAUCCAGGAUUCAAACCUUGGGUAGGCAGGAGUUCAGAGAUCUGUGGAUAUGCAAACGCAUACUGUGUAAAUGUGGAUUCAGACCUGCUAGCUGAGAAUACUUUCAUACUCAUGGAUGGAAAAAGAGCAGCUUUUCCUCAUCUGCACCGCUUGGGGAGAGAUGCGAGGAACAGCAACUGCACCAGUUUUCCGUCUAUCCCCCAAGGGUUUGAACCGCCUCAAUCAAUCUGCAGAGAAUCCUUAAUAUAGGACUUCAAAUGUAGGUGGAUGUCUGCGCUCCAGACCUGGAAUUAGGCUCUAUCCCAUCAGAACGAUACUCAGAGAAAAGGAGCCCGCAGGUCUGCGACUGGGGUUCCACUCCUUAGCCAUGGAACUGUGCGACCAGAACAAAUCUACUUUUCAUUUCUAACGUGGGUGCUGAGCUUUGGAUUUGAAUGCAGUUCUGGAAUAUAAAUGUUUGCUGUUCA